UCGAUGCAAGGGGCAAUAUGUCUCCGCUGUUUACACUAUAGCAUGGCUGCAUACACAAUAGAGGAGUGGUAGAUAUUUUGAAAGGGACCUAGACUCGUCCACUUCGGGUAUUAUCGUAAAGGGAUUAAUAAGAGAAGCAAUGAUUGCAGUGAAUAGCUUUUUCGGUAUAACGAUCCACUCUCUCUUCGUAUGACACAGGCCACCGCCUCGUACAAUCAUAAUUUGCGACACCUUAGCUUGAGGUCACUUGGAGUGAGCCGGACAGACCCGCAGUCCAGCCCCAAACCCCCUCAUCUUACAAACCAAUUCCUCCUCCUACUCCCAUCUCUCGUUAAUUCCCAAGAAUUAUCAUUUGAAUAAUAUCGCUAUCACCAUCGUCACACCCCCUGCAUCCAAUCGCUGCACCCUGGCACACAUUAAGACUAAAGCCUUUCGACACCGACUCUCUCACUCCAACAUCGCCCGCGUCUUCAAGUAUCGAAGCAUUGAUCAUCUCAAUCGUAUCGUGAUCGAAGCUCAUAACGAUGUACGCAAUCGUCUGCUACACUGGGGAUAAUUGAAUGCAACGCCCACUAAUUCUCGGAUAAAGGUUUACGACGCGUGGAACCCUUCCAUAACACUGCCGCAAGCCACGGAAAGACCCGGGCGCCCUCUCGUCAAUCCAGUCCCACCAUCACACCAUACUUGUUUUUUUCUUCUCUGAGAAGUAUACUCAUACUACUGGUUGGCAGGGAUUCUUUCGUGACGUUCUUGGAACCACUGAGAAGCUGAAAGCUUGCCAACAAUCGUCUGCCAUUUCACCAUCUGUCCGAUAACAUCGAAUUUAAACGGUUUUACACCGAUGAAUCUCUGGAAAAGCAGCAUUUGGAUUUGACUUUGGUUGAUCUUUGGACAUCAGAAGCCAGUGAGCACGUCAUCUCAUUUUCACUGAGGCAACAAUAAAUGCUGCCUGAUCCAAUGGAAUCAUCUGCGGAGUCGCCACUCCGGGAAAAUUUAUCAGCAACUUCACCGGGACUGAAACACUCCGGGAAUACCGCAAUCGCCAUGCCUCUGGCAAGCCCCACAACAGGAACUCUGAACAACAAUAAUAGCAACUCGACCCGGGACGAGUGCUCACGCUGCAGCUCGCCAGACCCUUCGCCGAACUCUUGCCCCGCCAGCCCGGCGCACAGUAGCAGCAGCGACGCCGGCUCGGUGCCGCCCUCCCCCACGGCUGCAGCAACACACGUCGGGUUCUCGCCAGCAACCACCCACCACUUACCACAUCGGCAACACAAACACAUCCACCACCACCACCAUCACCUCAACCUCAACAACAACAAUAACACCAUCAAUCACAUACGAUCCAAGCACGACGCUGGGUCAGAACUGUUUUUUGGCAAGACCCUGGAUUCGAAUCCCUCUCAUCAACUUGGACUACCCCCUCAUAUCCGACACCCGAUGUUAUCGCAGCCGAACCUACAGAUCCCCUUGCCGGUCCGUAACCCAGUGGCCGCACCCCCGUCGUUUCUCAUACGAGACAUCCUAGGCGAUAUCAAAACGCGGGAAACGAACUCGAGAACUGAGGCAGAAAUUCACGGAUUCGACAGGCGAUCGGCGUUCCACUUCAGACACAGUGAUAUCUCAUUACAACGUGCCGAUAAAGACGACAAGGACAUUGACGACGACGUGGAUGACGACGAUAGGCAUAGUGAGACGACGUCAUUGAAACGAUCACUAUCAUCAGACGACCUCACCGAUUCAAAAUCGAAAGACGAUUACGACAAAGAUGGAGACCCAGAUGACUCCGAGACCGACGGCACGUCUGGCAACAAGACUAAGAAGCCCCGCAAAGCACGCACGGCGUUCACCGACCACCAACUCAAUACACUCGAGCGAAGCUUCGAAAGACAGAAAUAUCUCUCAGUGCAGGACCGUAUGGAGUUAGCAGCUAGUCUCAGUCUUACAGACACUCAAGUCAAAACGUGGUAUCAGAAUCGAAGAACGAAAUGGAAGCGGCAGACGGCUGUUGGUCUGGAGCUCCUCGCCGAGGCCGGGAACUACUCGGCAUCGAUGCAACGCCUUUUCGCACCUCCGUUUUAUUACCACCCAACGCAGGGCAUCGUAUCGAACCUUGAUGGGCUGUACGGGUUACAGGCGGGCCAACGCCCCGUACUACCCCGCCUAUUCUUACACGGGCUCCAACAGCACGUCAGUCAUCUGCCACUCACCCCUCGCCCACUUCAUCCCCAUUCUCAUUGACCUCCGCGUUGACGAUGAGUCCAAACGAACGCGACGUCGAUGUCGACGACAGCGACGGGUGAUCAUGACUUCGAUGACUUUUCACUGACCGAGUUCGUGGAUACCGUUUCGCUAUAUAGACGAUUGAUGAAGAAACGGUUGCGGUUUUUAGAAGUGUCAAAGCGUUAACUCACUUUAUGUUUGUAUGUCAAGUAAACUAAUUUCUUGACUGCUAGUUCAGUCAUUGUUUCGACGAAAUGAACAUCUCAACGUUUUGCGUCAGUGAAGAGAUAGUGAUGAUUCAUGGUACAGCAGCAAUCAUAUCGUUUGUCUCCUUCAUUCGUUUACAACUUUGAUGCCGAAAAUAGUCUGCCAAUAUCUGAUUCAACAAGGGACUGGUGCCCAAUUAUUUUGAGGCUAAAACGGGAGCCUCAUCUAGUGCGUCUAUUUUCGCCAUAAACUGCUUCGUCACCACGCCAUCCAUGGUGUCCAAAUCAGCACAAGUGACUUAAACUGUGAAUGAAAAAUAUCAUGCAUUAUUAAAAAGUUACGAGCUCACCGAUGUUAUGUACUCUUAAUAAUUCGGAAAAUGAUGAUAGUACCUUGAUUGUUGAUUAUGAAAUCAUGCCUUCUUGACAUUAUAAGAAGGAAAACAACAUACAUUCGCAUUCAGACAGGAAUAACACAGGAAGUGGCAAUAACAUAUAGAAAAAGACAACAGUUUCAAUGACUCGUAAUAUUUUGGAUCAAUAAACAAUCAUAAAAUGAUCAGGAUUGCAUUUUGAUGUGAUUUCGAUUCCUAAUUAUUUCUACCAUGAGGGUGAAAGUUCUCACAUGACAUUAAAUCCUAUUUCGCUUCACAUGUUCAUGUAAUUAUCAUUCUAUUAUUUCAGGUUAGAACUUAAUUAAUUAUAAUAAAACAAAGACGAACACCUUGAUAUUAUCGUUAACUCUUAGUUUGUUCAAUCGGAUUGUUGUGUUGACUAGCUUUAACGUUUAAACUGUAAAAAAUGUAGUGUUUAUCAGAAUUAAGAAAAUCGAACCCUCUUUUUUUUAGGGAGCUAGUGUACAAUCGCCUCUUAGUUUAUCAUGCUUUUUAAAUAAAGUGUUUCAUUUUUUAUCUGUGACUUACCCUCAGUUUAAUUACAAGUUAAUUGUUCAUAAUUAUCGCCUUAUUCUUAGUACAAAGACAAAAGUGUAUUUGAAUAUUGUUCUUGGCCUGCCAAGCUGACACAUUGGCAUGCUUGGUAUUGAAGGAAUGCCCAAGCUUCAAACCUCGUCCAAAACAAGAGAAGGAAUGGGGGGGAGGGGUCUAUCACGCAUCACUAUUUUAACUUCUUUCAAACCAAGGCGCAUAGCAUGUGUCACAUUAAUGGAUACUUAAUGGAUAUAUAUUGUUAUGCUUUGAAGCAAGAGUUGCCACAACUGUUUCUUAAAAGCAGCUUAAAUUGAAAGCGCGUGAUGAAAUUGAAAACAUUUUACUGAAGGACAAGGUCACACAAGGAUUAAAGAGGGAUGAAGCGAUGCUUCGAAUACCCCUAGAUAUCAUCAAGGGUGAAAAAUGUGAAAUGAAUAAGAAAGUUUUCUUGCUUUCAAACAAAGUGAAGUUAAAUAGUUUUAAUGAUGAAACUACGCGACUGAGUGAGGUUUAAACCCUUACUGUAAGACCGAAUUCCUCUCUUCAACUUCCAGUUAUUGUCACUUUUGUCGUUUAAUUUGUACUUCCAUCCUCUUUAAUUGUACGUAAUUCCUUUCGAGAGAGAAGUCUCGCUAUAUUCGAAAAUAACGAGCAUGCUCCCACAAUCUCGUCUAUGGUUCCCUAUUAAAGCAAAGAGCUGUUAAAACCUCAUGAUCGCAUUUGGCCAGAGCUAAUAGCAUUAAUAAUGGCUCAUAUAACUUAACAUUGGCGCUGUCUAAUAACAUGUUUCAUUGACAUUUCAGAUCCCAGCCGGGCAGAAAAUACCAUGAUUUCUGUUCGCCACCGCACACGUUCUCCUAAUACUUUUAAUGUGAUUAGGAACGUACGUUUUGAGAACGCUGGAAAUAUAGUUAAGCAUGGCGCAUUUGAAUGCAUUGCGCCGUCAAUGUAAUUCCUAACAGCGCAUCAAACAAAAUAUAAUAAUGACCCCCUAAUCCCCAUCAUCAUCAUUUACACCUAAAGUGAUCUUUGGAACGAGUUUCACAGUCUUAUGUGAAAUCAGGCAUGAUAAAGCGAUGGCGGCGUGGGUUAAGUGACUUGGACUUCACCAAAUAGUGAAGGCCCUUUCCCACUGCUGGAUUUUUUUUGUAUUUUUUAAAAAGGCGCGCAGACCCGAUUUCAUCGUAAUAGUGUAUGAACCUCUUCAUCGUUAUUUUGUAGUUAUUGAUUUUCAACGUCUCAGUGCUUCGUAUAAACCUUUUUGAGUAACACUUGUAGAGGUAUAUCAGCGCCAAAUCAGCGCCACUGGAAAAUAUUCAUUAACCUUUCGUAAAGAGGGAAUUUAUAGAAGUAUGAAAAUAUCGAAGUGUUCUAUAAACUAUUGGGUGGCUCUGCGUGGCUCCAUAAGGGAAAAACAAGAACAAAAACGAAUAUAUUUGGUGUUCUGUGGUAAUGUUGGUGUUCAUAACAAGGCAUUACAGUGUUUAAAUUGAAGGACAAUAUUAUAUUUUCCACGGCUUUCGUUUUAUUGAGGAAUGAUUGCAUUUCAUCAAUCAUAUUUUAUAGUCAACUCUUUGGAAAUCUACACGGUAAACAUGUACACAUUUUCCAUGUCAUUUCAGUCCAACUUCUAUUCAACAUGACUUCCCCAACAUUCCUAAUUUCAUAUUCCAUUUCUUGCUCUAAAGAGGUCUUUCUUUAUGAUUUUAUGAUCCGUGCAAUUUUAGUCCUCAUUUUAAUCUGGUCAAAAUACUACCACGACGUCACUGUGAAAAGAAAGAAAAACAAAAACGGUUUACAGUGCGAUCUUUAACAAGCAUGACAAGUACGAAAAUAUUAACAGAUUAGAAUCCGUCUUUCGGAUUAAUAACAAUCAGCAUUUUUACCAUGGUAACUGAAAGCCCCAGUGGUUUUUAUUAUUGCGUGCAAUAGGCAGAAUGAGGGUGUACGAAUCUCAAUGCUCUGAAGUAAUUGUGGAGUGAAUGUAUAGGCCUAAAUGGGUUAUUUGUUUUGUGACUAUAAAUUAAAAGAUUGAAAAAAGGAUAACAAGGGUUUGGAAACGUUUAUGAACUGGACAUAGACUCUUGAUUUUUUUGGUGUUUCGCUUUGGAAUUAUUAAAUUUGUCUAAUAAGAACAUGUACUAUUCUCUUAUAGAGAAUUCAUAUGCUAACAUUUCAAUUCCUUUUGAUUUUUUUUUCUAAAUGGAAAGAAGAUUCACUGAAUAUGCGUCACCAUUCCAAGUUUACAUUUCCCUGUCGCUAUCGAUAUCACUAUCGAUAUAUUGCUCGAUAUUUUCUUCUUCUUUUUGGUUUACUUUCAGUUAAUGGUUGGAUAGUAUUUAAUAGUUAUAUUCUGUGACAUGAUGGCAUUGAUAUGUUUUACUUGUGUUUCUCCAUUCAUGGAAUGGUUACGUGAUAUAUUUAUAUGUGAUGAACAACAUAUUGGAUGUGUAUAUACUUUGCAUUGUAAAGAUGACAUAGUGAUCUAGUUCUGUAUAAGGAUUCGGAAAAGAGCCCGGUUUUUGUAUAAAAUUUUGUGAUGGUAUUAUUCUUGGUUAAGUGUAUAGAGAGAUUCGCUGUUUUCUCCCCCACAAUUUUACCAGUUGUACAGUACUAAAUAUCUAAAUUAAAAACUAAUUUAAA